UAUAAAAUUUAAAAAUCUUGAUUCUGAUUCUGAUUCCCUAAUUUUACAAUAACUGUCAACAUUUACCCAACAUUUCGAGUGUUUUACGGGCUGUACCAAGUAUUUGCCAAGGUAGAUGUUAAUGGGCGUUUGGAUUUAUUCAGAGCAAUGCCUAAGUAUUUUGAAGAACUUGAUGGGGAGGUGCGGAAACCGUGUGCUGGACUGAGAGAGGACCUCAAGGCGUGUCUCCUGGAGAGUGAUUGUGUCAGGAAAGACAAACUGAGCCCGAAGGAAUGCCUGAAGGAGGGAGCAAGAGUUGAUAGUGAAUGUAGAGCUUUACAGUUUGCCUUUUUUGAAUGCAAAAGAUCACUGCUGGACACAAGGACAAGAUUUCGAGGAAGGAAAGGAUGCUGAAUCAAUCGCUCUCAAAAGCACUGACGACAAGCUUGGAUGUCUUGUGGGUAAAGAGAACAUUGCGUCAGUGGAACUUUUACUUGUCAUGUGGCAGUGAGGAGUCUGAGGACUGUAAUGUAACAAACUCAGCAGGAAUUCAUCUGCAAGUCGUGAUCAGUUGUAGAUCGAUGUUGAUGAAUCAGUAUUCAAGUCUCCUUCAAACUUUGUUGGUUUCCAGGGUGUGUGUCUACUAAUGAAUGUCCAAUUAAAGUGCAUUAUAUUUGUACUACUCACAUCAUGGAAAGCUAAAGAACUCUCUAAUGAUGAUGACAAUGACCAAAAUUAUGAUGUGGCAAAAGUGAUGAUGUUGAUGAUGAUGAGGAGGAUGGUAAUGGUGAUUAACAUGUUAAAUAAGGAAAGUGCAGAAUUAUCAAAGAUU